UUCCGCCGUCGGCGGUGGGUUGCAGGAGGAGUCCGCCUCCGCCCGCCGUCGGAAGCGUCGGAUUUCGGGUGCGAGGUGUUGGUGACGUGCGUUCGUGAGCGUGGUCUGCUGGUGGUCUGUUGGUCGAAUAGCCCAGCCAUUUUCGGGUAGGCGAGAGUAAGAUCGGGUACCCCUCCGGGGGGUGAGUAGCCAAGAUCGGGUGCACCCCGUGGGAAUAGGGUCAGGGCCGGGUAGGGGCGGGCGUCGGCCAAUCAGAUGGCGCCAGGAGGGCGCUGCCGACUGUGUAAAACAAGUGUACCCGAGAAUGGCCGGAUUGGGGCCAGGGCUAUCAGCAAAGGCGCCGAGCUCAGCAGCUCCAUUAGCAGGCGCACCGAGCUCAUCAUCGCUCAAAAGUUACAUGGUGCCGACGAUGACCAAACAACGGAGGGAAGCGGCCGGCCGCCGUUUCGUCCUCUGGUGCUGCAUCGACCUGAGGCCGGAGCAAGUGCGGUUCGAUCAAGGCUUCAAGCUCUUCUUGGGGUCUCUUUCCCCCGGAAGCUGGCAGCGAUGGUUGGUGUUUUCAGCCACUCCGCCGUCAACAACGACGAGCUGAAGGAACUCCAGAGGCUAGAAGAGGGCUUUUCGCGCAUCUACGAGCUCCUCAGACGAAACGACACAAGCCAGUUCAAGAUGACGGAUCGUUCCCUAGCCUUGAAGAAGCCCAUCUCCGAGUACUUCAAAAAAUCCCCCCAGAACGAGCGACAGCUGACACCGAACGAAUGGACCAUCAUCAACGAGGUGUGCAGCCUCCUGAGCGACGUUUCCGAGGACACCCACCCAAUCCGACAGCCAAACGCCACUGUCGUGCCGGUCCCACCGGAAGGCAUCCCCACGGACGACACCCAGGUGACGGACCUGACCGUGGAGGCGCGGUGCGUGCUCGAGGUGCUGCUGGACGUGAUGAGAGAGAAGGGGGUGGGGAGCGCUCAGGUUGCUGUGGAGCGUCUGGCCGCGGUGAUGGACCCGAGACGGAAGUUGCUUGAUAGCGACCAACUCGAGAACGGUUCUGCAGAUCUCAGGAAGAAGGCCGAAGACGACUUGAAGGCGGUCAUCGCCAAGUUUGACGUCGGGCCGUCCACCGAGUCUACGGCGGUGCCAGCGCCAGCUCCGGUGGUGAACACGGACCCGGCGGAACCCGCACCCAAGAAGAAGAAAGUCUCGAGAUUGGAGGAACGGCGCGCGGCGAUGUCUGAGACGCAUCGCCGCGCGCCGUUCCUCCAAUCUCGAGACUUUCUUCUUCUUGGGUGCGGGUUCCGCCGGGUCCGUGUUCACCACCGGAGCUGGCGCUGGCACCGCCGUAGACUCGGUGGACGGCCCGACGUCAAACUUGGCGAUGACCGCCUUCAAGUCGUCUUCGGCCUUCUUCCUGAGAUCUGCAGAACCGUUCUCGAGUUGGUCGCUAUCAAGCAACUUCCGUCUCGGGUCCAUCACCGCGGCCAGACGCUCCACAGCAACCUGAGCGCUCCCCACCUCGAGCACGCACUGUGCCUCCACGGUCAGGUAGUCUGCUGUUGACUGGUGUACGCAGUCUACUGCAUGCUAGGUUCGAACCAUGUAGUUGUCGCACCUGGUAGUUCAUGCCCUCUGUCAUCUUGUGCCCUGAAAAGAAUCGAUCCGGACACGGAUGUUCGGUGACGCUAGACUUCUUGCGUCGCACAAGGAGUCCAUCCAAUGCUCCCACACAGCGCUCAGGACAGGGUCAAGCUGGGAACUUCGAGCAGCAAAUCCCCGCACCUUCGCUUGCAGCUCCCCCUCCGUUCUCGGCCACUAUAUCUGAAGCCUCCCACUGUCGUUGAUUGCAUCCAGCCCUGUAUUGAUCUUCGCAAAUGCUGUGCUCAUGGCCAUGUGGGGACCAUCAGCCGCAGCGCUGAGGCCGUGCCCUCCGAGCCACCGCAACGUGCUAGCUAGCGCCCACUCCCCAGCUAUAUUGCCGUUGUGGCCACGCCCUUUGGGGCUAUGGCACUCAAGACGUCCCCGCAGCAUCUCGUACAGCCCUUUGAACUCCUUCGGGCUCAUACGAUACCGCGUCUUGAAGGGCCCAUCCUGCUGUAAAGGUUUGAUGAACUCCUCCCACUCCUGUCGGCUUCUUUUCACGCAUGCUUCACGCCGAGUGUGGACGACUUGGAAUGCACAAGCCAACGCUGUCGUCGCGGCGAGGCACCAGAGAGCGGCUGCUGUCACGAUUUGCACCCGUGUGUUGCGGCGAGCGACGGCGGUGCGGCGUGCACCCGCUCCAGUGCGAGGCCGUACCACCGUCAUCGGGAGUAGUGGCCCUGCGUCUCGUCGUGUGCCUGUUAGCGUGUGCAGCGGGCGGCAGCACCAGCUUCGGUGAACAACAGCACAACCGCAAUGUGCGCCCGCGGUCUGUUCUAUAUUUCGCCCCGAUUCCGUUGGGGUUUUUUUAGCGGCGGGGUAUUUUGCGUAGACCCAACCACGAAAUCAAAA